AGUGCCACACCCAGCAUGGCCGCGCCCGGUGCCGCGCCGCACCCAAGAUGGCCGCGCGGGGGCGGAGCCCACCGCCUGACCGUGUGUCGCGCCGUCCGUGGCCACCGGGGGCGGGCGGCGCCGGCCGUGACGCGGCCGCCGCGGCGGAGCGCUGGGACGGGCGGGCGGAGCUGCAUCGCACCCACCGGAGACACCGGCGCUCCCCCAGGUGCCACUCCCAACAUGGCGGCGGCGCUGCCCCGGCUCUCCCUGCCGCUCCCGCGAGAGGAGGGGGGCUUUUCGGAGUCGCCAGACCUGGAGUUUGAAUAUGCAGACACAGAUAAAUGGACAGCAGAGCUGUCAGAGCUGUACAGCUACACAGAGGGGCCAGAGUUCCUGCUCAACCGAAAAUGCUUUGAGGAGGACUUCAGGAUCCACAUGCGGGACAAGCGGUGGCCGGAGCUGGAGCGGACGCAGCACCGCACGCACGCCAUGCGCCUGCUGGACGGGCUGGAGGUGACGGCGCGCGAGAGGCGCCUGCGCGUGGCCCGCGCCAUCCUCUACGUGGCACAAGGCACCUUCGGGGAGUGCAGCUCCGAGGCCGAGGUGCAGGCGUGGAUGAGGUACAACAUCUUCCUGCUGCUGGAAGUGGGAACCUUCAACGCCUUGGUGGAGCUGCUGAACAUGGAGAUUGACAACAGCGCAGCCUGUUCCAGUGCCGUGAGGAAACCGGCCAUUUCCCUGGCUGACAGCACCGACCUCAGGGUGCUGCUGAACAUCAUGUACCUGAUUGUGGAGACUGUGCGCCAGGAGGCCGAGGGGGACAAGCCUGAGUGGAAGAGCAUGAGGCAAACCUUCCGAGCAGAGCUGGGAGCCCCCCUGUACAACAAUGAACCCUUCUCUGUCAUGCUCUUUGGGAUGGUGACCAAAUUCUGCAGUGGCCACGCUCCUCACUUCCCCAUGAAGAAGGUGCUGCUUCUGCUCUGGAAGACUGUGCUGUGCACCCUGGGAGGGUUCGAGGAGCUGCAGAGCAUGAAGGCAGAGAAGAGGGAGAUGCUGGGGCUGCCGCCGCUGCCCGAGGACAGCAUCCAGGUGAUCCGCAACAUGCGGGCGGCCUCCCCGCCCGCCUCCGCCUCCGACCUCAUCGAGCAGCAGCAGAAGCGCGGCCGGAGGGAGCACAAGGCCCUCAUUAAGCAGGAUAACCUGGAUGCCUUCAACGAGCGGGAUCCGUACAAAGCUGACGAUUCCCGUGAGGAGGAAGAGGAAAAUGAUGAUGACAACAGCCUGGAGGGAGAGACCUUCCCCCUGGAACGGGAUGAAGUGAUGCCCCCUCCUACCCAGCACCCCCCCAGCGACCGCAUCACCUGCCCCAAAGGGCUGCCCUGGGCCCCCAAGGUCCGGGAGAAGGACAUUGAGAUGUUCCUGGAAUCCAGCCGCAGCAAAUUCAUCGGCUACACGCUGGGCAGUGACACCAACACCGUGGUGGGCUUGCCCAGGCCCAUCCAUGAGAGCAUCCGCACCCUGAAGCUGCACAAGUACACGUCCAUUGCGGAGGUGCAGGUGCACAUGGAAGAGGAGUACCUGCGCUCCCCGCUCUCCGGAGGGGAAGAGGAAGUGGAGCAAGUCCCUGCCGAGAUCCUGUACCAGGGCCUGCUGCCCAGCCUGCCCCAGUACAUGAUUGCUCUUCUGAAGAUCCUCCUGGCUGCAGCCCCCACCUCCAAAGCCAAGACAGACUCCAUCAACAUCCUGGCAGAUGUCCUGCCCGAGGAGAUGCCGACCACUGUGCUGCAGAGCAUGAAGCUGGGCGUGGAUGUCAAUCGGCACAAGGAGAUCAUUGUCAAGGCCAUCUCCGCCGUGCUGCUCCUCCUGCUCAAACACUUCAAGCUCAACCACAUCUACCAGUUUGAGUACAUGGCCCAGCACCUGGUCUUUGCCAACUGCAUCCCGCUCAUCCUCAAGUUCUUCAACCAGAACAUCAUGUCCUACAUCACUGCCAAGAACAGCAUCUCUGUGCUGGACUAUCCCUACUGCGUUGUGCACGAGCUGCCGGAGCUGACGGCAGAGAGCCUGGAAGCUGGAGACAACAACCAGUUCUGCUGGCGGAACCUCUUCUCCUGCAUAAACCUCCUGCGCAUCCUCAACAAGCUGACCAAGUGGAAGCAUUCCCGCACCAUGAUGCUGGUGGUGUUCAAGUCGGCGCCGAUCCUGAAGCGGGCUCUGAAGGUGAAGCAGGCCAUGAUGCAGCUCUACGUGCUCAAGCUGCUCAAGGUGCAGACCAAGUACCUGGGCCGGCAGUGGAGGAAGAGCAACAUGAAAACCAUGUCAGCCAUUUACCAGAAAGUGCGGCACCGCCUCAACGACGACUGGGCCUAUGGCAACGACCUGGACGCCCGUCCCUGGGAUUUCCAGGCGGAGGAGUGUGCGCUGCGGGCCAGCAUCGAGCGCUUCAACUCGCGGCGCUACGACCGGGCCCACGGCAACCCCGACUUCCUGCCCGUGGACAACUGCCUGCAGAGCGUGCUGGGCCAGCGCGUGGAGCUGCCCGAGGAUUUCCAGGUCAACUACGACCUGUGGCUGGAGCGGGAGGUCUUCUCCCGGCCCAUCUCCUGGGAGGAGCUGCUGCAGUGAUGGACACAGGGAGGCAGGAUGGGGUGUUGGGAGAGCUCGAGGCUGACCUGCUGCCGCAGGGCAGGGGAGUGAGCUUUGGGGAGGUCUGGGGUGGCUGCAGUGUUGUGGUGGGCUUGGGAAGAGGAUGGAGCUGGGGGUUCCUCACUGAGACCACAUCCUGCCCCUCUGCCUCCUUCCAGGCUCAUCCCAAAGCUGAGGGGGUUUCCUGUUGGGUGGGGAUCUGUGCCCACCCCAUGCGAUGCUUUCAGGGGCACCACCCUUGUGUGCCCCUCCCAGCCAAGAAGGGAGAGCAGGUUGCAGUGUGGGAGUGGGGUCACUGGGUGGGACACCAGGCUGGCCCUGCCCAGCCCCCCUGGGGGGUUGUGGGGGCUUGGGAGGCUGGAACAGCCUCCCCUCAGCCCACGAGGGGUGCAGGAGCUGUACAUAAUUAUAUAUAUUUGGUGAUACCUCU